AUGCAUCCAGAGCCCACGAGCAAGCACUUUGUUACUAUGGCGAUUCCAGUACUUCCGUCGUUCUCGAAGCUGGCUUCUGCCCUUGACUCCCGUGGUUGGAACUGGCACUGGUACUAUAUAAUAUACCUCCUUUUGGCAUGGCAGACGACUCAGAUACUGUGGAAAUAUUGGUGGAAGGCGCCGUCCAAAGUCAUUAUUGCAGCAUACCCUACGCCGUUUGGAAGGUGGUUGACGGCGUUGCAUAUGGUUUUUGAUUCGGGGACGCUCCUUGAGCAGGCGUAUGAAUCGAGCAAUGGCAAACCGUUUGCUAUUCCGAUGCUAGAUCGCUGGAUAGUUUUCGUAUCAGAGCAGGACACGCUCAAGCAGCUGGACCGUGAACCAGAGCAUGUUUUAUCACUACAACAAGCUCUGCACGAGCUUGCGUCCACCGGCCCAAUCUUGGGACCACAUCAAGUCAAGAUAGAGAACAAGGGGACCCAAAGCGAGGUGUCUCGCGUCGUGGUUGGAGUAUUGAAGAACAAGCUCCGAUCGAACAUUCCUUUAAUGAGCGACUCCCUUCGAGAACGUGUGAAGAAAGCAAUGGCUUCGGAGAUGGCUCCUGCUUUGGACGGCGCAUGCGAGGGAAAUGAGUGGAAGCCAGUUAGACUCAUGCCUGUGCUUCUUCGGAUUUUUACCAGCGUGAAUCUUUUGCCGUUGGUCGGAGAGGAACAGGCCGACCGCCCUGAGGUUUACGACGAUAUCAUGAACUUUUUCUGGAGCUGUGCACGGGCUUUUCCCAUUGUGGAUAUGAUGCCAGCCUUCCUUACACCAUUCAUCGGCCCCAUUGCAAUGGGCUGGGGUAUAACCAGAACCAAAGUCUAUAAUCUUCUGCUAUGGCAUACUUCUCGAGCUCUCAAUGAUAGAGAUGCGGGCAAAGAAAAGCAGCAUGCGGGAGGACAUGUUGCUCAAUGGGCAUCCGAGAUAACCAAGCUACGAGAUGCCACCGAGGUAGCCAAGAUAUCACUUGGACUUUUAUUCGCAAGUGCAUUUCAGGUACCCAUGGUUGUGCAAUUCUGCAUUCACAGACUGUGCAAGCACCAAGAAUAUUCACAGAAGCUCAGGGAAGAAGCCCUGGAGUGUGAAAACUUGUCAUUCGGCUCCAUGAACCGAGAGAUGCCCUAUCUAGAUAGCUUCAUGAAGGAGACUUCUCGCCUGAGCCCAGGCCCAAUUGUCAGUGCUCCUCGUACGGUUAUGGUUCCGUACACUAUGGAGGAUGGCUGUCACAUCCCAGCUGGCAACUGGCUUGCCAUCCCUCAGCUCGCCCUCAUGCGUGAUGAGAACAUCUGGCCAAACGGCAAAGAGUUUGAAGGGUUCCGCUUUGUCGAUGAAAAGGGUGACGCAUCUGAGACUCGAUUCACCCAUCCGAGUCAUGAGUUUCCAUUUUGGGGAUCCAUCAAGCAUGCCUGCCCCGCACGCUUCUACGUGUCCGUCGUUAUCAAGAUGGUUCUCUCGCAUCUCCUUCUUCAAUAUGAAUUCAAACUAGAAAACCCCACGGCACCGCCAUUCCUGACCUUUGGUAAGGUCAUCAUGGUCUCUCCAGCCGUUGCAGCUACCCUCCUCGUCAUUAUCGUCCCCCUCGUUAUAUUCGCUAUGCGCGGCCGUUUACGCGGCGGUGACAAGGAGCCCAAAAUACCAGAGCUCACGGCCCCUUCGUCGGAAGCUGCUAUACGUCUCAACAAGCUACUUCGGUCGGCGCUGCCUGAAAAUGUCGUCGUCUUGCCUCAAGAUGCAGUCACCUUUAAGAAGUCGAUGGACACCUACUGGGCCCAGCAAGAGUGCGAGGUAGUGCCAGCAUGUGUUGUCAGGCCCCAAAACGUCGACCAGCUCUGCACAGCCGUCACUAUCCUCAAACGCGAGUAUGACCAACGAAGAAGUCAGGAUGGGGGCGUUAAAGCUGGGGGGUUGUUUGCUGUUCGUAGCGGUGGCCAUUCCGCAGUCUCGCAUGCAGCAAGUAUAGAGGACGGUGUAAUGAUUGAUAUGAGCCUCUUUUGCGAGGUGACGCCGUCUGAGGAUGGAUUGAGCGUGGUCAUUGGAGCAGGAGCGAGAUGGGGGCCGGUUUUCGAAGCGCUAGCUGCGAAGGGCCUUGUUGUUGCUGGCGGGAGGAACUCCCAUGUUGGAGUCGGCGGCUUGACAUUGGGAGGCGGCAUUUCCUUCUUCUCUCAGCGGGUCGGCUCCGUUUGCAACAACGUCCUCAGCUACGAAGUCGUGCUGGCCUCUGGCUCCGUAGCUAUAGCCUCUCCCUCCACCAACCCUGAUCUCUGGCGUGCUCUCAAGGGCGGCGGCAAUAACUUCGGUAUUCUCACGCGUAUUACAGUUCGUAGCUUUCCAUCCUCCGACAUCUGGAGUGGUUUUCUCUAUAUGCCCUCAAGCAACGCCACAAAGGUCCUUUCCGCAUUCCAUGAAUUCGUCAACAGAGCCCACCCAGACCAACCAGGCCCUGGAUACGACAGUCAUGCAUCUGGUCCUAUUGCUUGUUUUACCUAUCUUCAGCAACUCGGCAUACAGGCUAUUUCUGUUAAUCUUGUUUACACCAAGCUCCCCGAGAAGAAGAAGAAAUGGCCUGAGUGCUGGAGCAGCUCUUCUUUUAAGUCACUCUGGCGCUUCUGGAGCACCUGCAAAGUUCGCUCUCUCGCAGAUGCAUGCGAUGAGAUGAACUCGCUCAACCCUCCAGGAAGACGCCAGGUACUUGCCACCACGACCAUCAAAAAUGAUCCGGCCACCCUAAAUGCCGUGCAUGCUGCAUAUAGCGAUGCCAUUGUACCCAUCAAGCGUGCUAAUAUCAAGGGUAUGUCUUGGACGCUUGUCCUACAGCCCAUGCUACCAAACUGGGCAGGCGAAGGUGGCGACGGGAAUCCCUUUGGGUUAUCUGAUACCACUGAACCUCUUGUCAUCAUCUCGUUUACUGUUAACUGGGUUGAACACCGUGACGACGAACUUGCUGAGAAGUUGACGCGUGAAGCAAUCGAGAAGAUCGAUGCUGCCGCGGCCGCCAAUGGAACGAGCCAUCGAUACCGAUACAUGAAUUAUUGCGGGGACUGGCAGAGGCCAUUUGACGGAUAUGGAGAGGAAAACGUAAAGUCCUUGCAGGAAGCAAGUAGGAAGUACGAUCCGGAUGGCUUAUUUCAAAGGGGUUGUGUAGGCGGAUUCAAGCUUGAUAUGAAAGAAAAUGAGGUUUCAGAAGCCUAA